CCUGACGGCGGUGGCGCAAGCCACUCUCCCGACCCGCACGAUCCCAAUGGAGGACACCUAUCACCGCCAUUCCAACGGCUCCUGGAGUUGCCCUCCCUGGGUCCCGAGUUCUACCGCCAGUUUCGCAACAUUUCUGCCUCGGAUCUCCAUCUCCUAGAUGGACGCCUUAACCAGCAGGAUCUGGUGUGCCUGGCGGACUUGGCCCAGUUCAUGGGGAGCCUGGCCUCGCCCAAGCUGUGGGCUCUUAGCAUGCUGGACUCGUGGGGCAACAAGCCCUCGGGCUACUUGAGCGGCAACCGCGUCGACAUGGGCAACUACGAGGAGUGCCUUCGUGUAGACGGAACCAUCACCGAGACGCACCACAUCAAAGGGAAAUAUUGCUUCCUGGAACUACCCGUCGCCAAGUGGCUGGGCUUCAAUUCCGAACUCUUGGCGGUAACCAACAUGAAAACCGCCGUUUGCUUUCCCUCCUCCUGUUCUGCCGAGACCAUGGAGGUCUUCCUGAAGCAGCUCCUCCAGCGUCUCCUGGGCACCGGCGGCCUCGACAAGUUCUUUUACAUCAACGAACAGUCCUGCCAGACCAGCGAGAGCGAUCCCCUCGACGGUCUCACCAUCUUCACCAUUGUGUUCCUGUCCAUCUUCUGUGCCGUGGUGGCACUGUGCACUCUCUACGACUACUUCCUGUGCCCGGAUCAGGGCAAGCUUCCCCGGCUGGUGAAGGUCUUCUCGGCCCGUGCCACUUCCCGCGAGCUGUUCGCCAUCGUGGACCCCAAGGCGACUCCCAAUGUGAUCCAGUGCCUCAACGGCAUGCGCUGCCUGUCCCUGAUCUGGGUGGUACUGGGUCACGAGUACGUCAUGUACUUGAAAGCGCUGUCCGUCAACCAGCAGUACAGCUUGCGUUGGAUGUCCAAGCCCUACUCCAGCUUCAUCCUCUUCGCUCCCUUUUCGGUGGACACGUUCUUCUUCCUCUGUGGUUUCUUGCUCGUGGUGAUUGGCCUCCGCACCCUGGACAAGAGCAAGGGCAGGCUGAAUGUGCUUUUGAUGUACCUGCACCGCUACCUGCGCCUCACUCCCAUCGUGGCCGUGGCCAUCCUCGUCUACAUGAAGAUGCUGCCGCUCCUGGUCGCCGGGCCAGUGUCCGACGAUGUGGGCUUCUUUGACUACUCCGUGUGCAGGAGGACCUGGUACUGGACACUGCUCUACGUGCAGAACUAUGCCACCAAUGAUACGUGCCUUGGACACACCUGGUACCUGGCCGUGGACAUGCAACUAUACGUCCUGGCGCCCAUCCUGCUGAUAGGGCUCUACAAGUGGGGCAAGAAGGGCGCCGCAGCCAUCCUCCUGGUCAUGCUGCUGCUCUCCGCCUGCCUCUUUGCCACCAUCAUGACCAACGACUACGGAAUCCUUGCUAAAAAUGGCGGCCAAGAUCCUGAGGUGCAGAAGAAGCUAUAUGCUGCCACUCACACGCAUGCAGCUCCCUGGUUGGUGGGCACCCUGUUUGGCUACUUCAUGCACCUGGUCCGCGGCAAGCAGUUGCGCCUCAAUGGGCUGGCCGUGUGGACCGGAUGGCUGCUCUGCCUGGCAAUGAUCUUCACCUCGCUCUUCGCCAUGUUUUCGUACGCAAAGCUGCUGGGUCCCUCGCCCACGGUGCUGGAGGGAGCGCUCUACUACACCCUGACCCGCAUCGGCUGGCCCCUGGCCCUCUGCUGGGUGGUCUUUGCCUGCGUCCAGGGAUACGGAGGCCUGGCCAACAGCUUUCUUUCCUCGCCCCUGUGGCAGUCGCUGUCCAGGCUCUCCUACUCCGCCUACGUCUGGCACAUCUUCAUCCAGGAGGUGAACCACAGGCGUGUGAGAUCGAACAUUUACUUCUCGGAUUACGACGUGAUGUGCGGGUUCUGGGCCACCUUUGGCUUCACCCUCGUCAUGUCCUAUGUGAUGUACGUCGUCGUAGAGGCUCCGCUGGGAGGACUGGAGGGGCUGCUAAUGCCCAGUCGAAGGAGUCCGGCAAAGCAGGCUCAGGCCGUGACAAAGGAGCAACAGGAGGAGCAGCUCCCAGAAGGGGCUACCUCGAAGGCAGCCUAA